UUGGCCGGGACUCCGAAGGGGCGGGCAAUUUGGGAUCGACGGUGUUUCGCCACUGGUCCGCGCAGCGGGAACGGAGCGGUACGCCGGUUCCUGGACUUCCGGAGACGAUGGCUCGGGGCAGCUGGCGCCGGCUGCACCGCCUGUUGUCCGCGGGGCAGCUUCUGUUCCAGGGGCGCGCUCUGCUCGUCACCAACACGCUGGGCUGCGGCGCCCUUAUGGCGGCCGGGGACGGCGUGCGCCAGUCCUGGGAGAUCCGCUCCCGGCCCGGCCAGGUUUUCGACCCGCGGCGCUCCGCAAGCAUGUUUGCGGUGGGCUGCAGCAUGGGUCCCUUCCUGCACUACUGGUACUUGUCGCUGGACCGCCUAUUCCCUGCGUCCGGCCUCCGAGGCUUCCCAAAUGUUCUCAAGAAGGUCCUCGUGGAUCAGCUGGUAGCCUCUCCCGUGCUGGGCGUCUGGUACUUCUUGGGCCUUGGCUGCCUGGAGGGCCAGACACUGGGUGAGAGCUUCCAGGAGCUGCGGGACAAGUUCUGGGAAUUCUACAAGGCCGACUGGUGCGUGUGGCCUGCUGCGCAGUUGGUGAACUUCCUCUUCGUGCCCCCCCAAUUCCGAGUCACCUACAUCAAUGGCCUGACGCUGGGCUGGGACACAUACCUGUCCUACUUGAAGUACCGGAGCCCAGUUCCCCUGACACCCCCAGGCUGUGUGGCCCUGGACACCCGAGCGGACUGAGCUGCCUGCCCCCUGGGACCAGAUGCAAGACUGACUCCUGGCGGACCACACGCUUUGCCAGAAGGGGAAUGGGUCUCUGCAGCAAGCUGGGGUCCCGGGCCGCGUCCCAGCAUCCCUCCAGCUCCCGGGCACUGGGCUGAGCUGCCCUUUCCAAGCUCACUUCUGGGACUCAGUUUCCCCAGCUAGAACACACCUGUGAAGAUGGAUGAUCAUCCCCUAGCCCUUCUCAGCAGGAGCCUCAUGUGACCUGUGACCAAGAUGUCCCAUCUUCAGCACGGGGCCCACCCAGCCAACCAGUCCCAAGCACCAGCCCCGCAACACUGCCGUCCAGGUGGCUCUGGGCCAAGCCGCCAAUCCGGAGCUCCCUCAGGUCCUGCAACUACGGGGGCGAUAUGGCCCAUCCCCUCAGAGCAGGCUCAGGCCUGGAGUUGGCCCCCAAAAGUUUCAGGCAGGGCCGGGAAGCCUCUGGGUCUCUUCCCUGGUCGUGAGCUGUGGACAAUCCAUUAAAUUCUUUCUGUCAUGUAAUUGAAACUGCUGGCUGGGUGCAGUGGCUCACACCUGAAAUCUCAGCCCUUUGGGAGGCUGAGGUGGAAGCAUCGCUUAAGGCCAGGAGUUCGAGACCAGCCUGGGCAACGUAGCAAGACCCUGUCUCUAUUUAUAUUUACAAAUAAAAAUAACAAAAG